CCAGGGCAAACCGGAAGUGUAGCUGUUGUUGUCACACUGGAAGAAAAUGGCUGCUGCUUCGACUUUUUUUCAAUGAAGACACUGAUAUUUCCAUUACAUUUCGUUUCCUUGCAUCAGAGUUACGGUCGAGCGCUAUGCAAUCUAGAAGGCAAGUCCAUCCUGCUGGUUGAGAUUAAUGUUGCUCUGUCCGUGGCCAUCCUUUGCCUGUAACUUGCAGCUUGCCAAGGGCGUGAAUGGUCGCUUUAGGAAGGUGACAGUGUGGGGCUGAAAGGACAGCAUCGUCUACCGUCACUCUCCUGAAGUUGGCGGUGGACCACAAUGCAACAAGUUCUGGAAUAUGCAUUGGAUCGAGCCGAGUACAUUGUUGAAAGUGCUCGACAAAGGCCAGCCAAAAAAAGAAUAUCAUCUGGUGGGAGGAAGAGUUUAUAUCAGAAGCUCUAUGAGCUGUACAUAGAAGAAUGUGAGAAAGAGCCAGAGUUGAAGAAUUUACGAAGAAAUGUGAAUCUACUGGAGAAGCUUGUGUCUCAGGAAUCUGUGUCGUGUUUGGUGGUCAACCUUUAUCCUGGGAAUGAAGGCUAUUCAUUAAUGCUCAGAGGAAAGAAUGGGUCUGACUCAGAAACAAUCCGAUUGCCAUAUGAAGAAGGAGAACUGCUGGAGUAUUUGGAUGCUGAGGAGUUGCCUCCAAUUCUGGUGGAUCUGUUAGAAAAAUCCCAGGUGAACAUCUUCCACUGUGGCUGUGUUAUAGUAGAGGUUAGAGACUACAGGCAGUCGGCUAAUACCAAAAUGCCUAGUUAUCAGAGCAGACAUAUCCUGCUUCGACCAACAAUGCAGACCCUGAUCUGUGAUGUUCAUGCCAUGACCAGUGACCACCACAAGUGGACACAGGAUGACAAACUACAACUGGAGAGUCAGUUGAUUUUGGCCACAGCUGAGCCCUUGUGUCUGGACCCCUCCAUCUCCGUCACUUGCACAGCAAACCGUCUGCUGUACAACAAACAGAAAAUGAACACCCGCUCAAUGAAACGGUGUUUUAAGAGGCACUCUCGAGCUGCUCUGAACAGGCAGCAAGAGCUCUCCCUUCUCCCUGUCCCUCCACAAUUACGGCUCUAUGACUACCUCCAGAAGAGGAAAGAGAGGAAACCUGCUCCUGUCAUAGACCUUAAGAUCUCCAAGGUUGGCAACUGUGUCGAUAUGUGGAAACAAAAUAACUGCCAAUUAACUGUGCCGAAGGAAAUUGAUGUUGAAAAAUAUGCAGUGGUUGAGAAAUCUUUGCAGCUAGAGGACUCUCAACCCACGACUGUGAUCUGGCCUGCUGAGGAAGUUGUAGAUGAUUACACAUUUGAAUGUGAAGUCGGAGGUCAAGCCCAGAAGACCAAGGUGUCCAUAUUUCAGUCAAUGGGAGACCCUCUAGUGUACGGCAAAAUCUACUGUGCUAAAGAACCAAAGGCAGAAGAGGACAGCUCUGACCUUAAGCUCAUACACCCUCCAUUUCUCAUAGGAUCAAAGAUAGAUGCUGAUCGUUUUCUAAAUCAGUACAAAGGUGUUUACGAAAGAGACGUGAAAUGUGAUGUGAAAAUGUCCCAUAACGCUGGCAGUGUGGGACAGGGGCCUCCCUCCCCCAAUAAAGAUAAUGAGGGUGAUAGUUUUUCUGCUCUGGUCCAGACCUCUCUGUUGGGAAAAGGGGUGAGGCACAAGCCUCCUCCAAUUAAAAUGCCUUCAGGAUCAGGCAGCAGCUCCUCAGGUAAUCCAUAUAAUUCUCAAAAUACCAGUGGUCUACUUAAGUGUCCUACGCCGCCUCCAGCCAAAAGCCAGUCUCUGAACAGGAAGCACUCCAUAGAGUUGGGUCAGGCGGGCCUUUUGUCACCUGCCUCCCUCUCCCCCAUGGGCUCAACGCAGAGAUCAGGAACCCCAAAGCCAUCCACCCCCACACCCACUAACACGCCCUGUUCUACACCUCACCCCGCGGACGCUCUGACAGCCCCUCUGUCAGUGACCCCUACCCCUUCGGACCCCUCGUUGGUACAGAACCAGUCCCAGCCCGCCCUCCUGCCCUUUGCCCAGCAACAGCUGGCUCUGAGCCAGCCUCUGCCUGUUAUGACCAUUCCCCUGCCUACUAUGGGGACAUCCAUCACAACAGGGACAACAUCAUCUCAAGUCAUGACCAACGCCGCGGGACUCAACUUCAUCAAUGUAGUGAGCUCUGUCUGCAGCCCUCAGACAUUAAUGAGCGGCUCCAAUCCAAUGCUGGGCCCAGGCCUUAACCUGAGUGGACUAUUGCCCCCUGCAGGGCUCAUGCCGUCUGCAGCACAGUCUGGAAGUCCUUUCGGCUUGAACAGCAGUGCUGGUUUGAGACCGUUGAAUUUGCUGCAGAUCCCAACUGGUCCUCUCAUCUUUAACUCUCUACCCCAGCAGCAAUUGCCUCAGUUUUCCCCUCAGCAGAGCCAGUCUGCAACAUCCAGUCCCCAACAGCAGGGGGAGACGGGCGACCAAAGUGGAGAUCAAAGUUUAGGAAACCAGCAAACGGCAGUCAUCAAUCUGGGAGUCGGAAGCUUCAUGUCUCCUUCAGCUGCAGUGCUGUCCCAGUUGGGCUGUGGGCUGGACGGGUCUGGGCCCCCGCUGCCUUCUCCAAGGCUUCAGCAGCAGCACCAGCCACAGAUCCAAUUGCAAUUCUUGCACCAAAUGCAGCAGCAGCAAAUGGCUUUGGGGGCAGCAGCUCCUCCGGGGGGAGCGCCACGUCAACAUACCGCCAGUCAACCAAGAAGUAAGAGGAAGAGAAGCACGCCACAGCCCCUGCCCAAGACAUGACAGGCCCACAUCCUGCAUCUAACGGACACAUGAUCCAUACCGUGCUCUUGUCUGCCCCACUGUGGAAACAGCAGGCAAAAACACUGAUUUGUUGAUUUGUUUGUCUUUUAUAGCUGACAAAUGUGAUUUGUAAUGGUUGUAAAUGGUUUUGGAGAACCGGUUUUUAGAAUGGGAAGCACUAUGCUGGAGGAACCCUAGUAAUAUUUUUGAAAAGAAGAGGGUUCUUGUAGGCAGCAAGCUUCCACAAUAAUGUAUUAUCCUUCAGAAGACUUCUCUGGAGGUGUGUGGAGUGAGAGGAUCUGAUGCACAGCCCUCUGCUCGGUCGACCCUGGUAGAAACUGCCCUUUAAGCACGGAUCCCAGCUGAGUGUAUGACACCAAAUCCUCCACUGAACUGUUACAAGUGAAAAUGCAAAUCAAACUUCGGAGUAGUGCCUGGGGCAGCCCUCUACCUCUCAGUGUGUUGGAAGUCUUUCCUGUUGGGAAACCCGGCUCAACAAAGGACUGAGAUCAACAUGCAAGAUGGUGUUCACUGCUUUUGUACAGCACAUUUUGAAAAAGGCAUUUUCUUUUACAUAGAUCAGGAGCCAUGAGUAAUUCUUAUGAGACAUCAGCUGAGCGUGUGUGAGGCAUUUCUGGACACUGAGAAAUAAUUUUUUAAGCAGUCUUUGUCAGC